AUGUCUGAUAAUAAGUUGACUACCAGUGCGGGAGCAGCUUCGGUAGAUAAUAGUGGCAAACAAGUAGUAAUAGCACCGGUAGUCUAUAAUAGUGUUUCAUUUGCUAAAAACAAUAUUAAUAAUAAUAAUACCGCUAAUACUGGUAGCAGUAGUAAUCAACCGCUCAGACGACUGUCCAUAAGUGACCAAAAUUUUGCUAAUUUAGUCGAUAAAAAUAAUGUUUAUAAUACUAAUAAUACAAUUAUUGAUAGCAAUGAGGAGGACAGCCAUCAUCAUCAGGAAAAGACUAUUAUAAUACCUAUGCGUGUUAGUCCACCCCUACUAAAUGAUGACCAACAAUACAGUAAUGGAUUUGCCAGCAAUCGUGUGGCACCAAUGCCUACUACUCAAACUACCGGUGCCUACACUAAUAACAGCAGCACCGGUAUUUAUGAUAAACAUGUAGCUUCAGUACAGCCAUCAGCACCGCAACCGCCGACAGUUAACUCAAUAGUGGUGGCGUCCAUAUCUCCGGAUGCGCACCACAAUCAAUCACUACAAGCACCGGCAUUGCCGGCCAAACAGUUCAGUAUUGACGACAACGAUGAUGGCCAACAAAAAGGAUCGGUAGCUAAACGUGACUUUGAAGUACUCUGGCAUAACCUGAGCUUUACUAUAGCCCGUAGGCCAUUGUUUGCCAAAAAGUUGUCGCGACCGACAAUAUUGCAUAACCUGAACGGCUAUUUCCGUAGCGGUGAAGUAACAGCUAUUAUGGGACCAUCCGGUGCCGGAAAGUCCACAUUAUUGGAGAUUAUAAGCGGUCGUCGCAAACACGGUGUCGAUGGUAUAGUUCAAGUAAGAGGUGGUACUGACGACAUAAAAGUCAGUUUUGUACCGCAAGACAACUAUCUGAUGGAAUUGUUGACCGUUAGGGAAACCUUUCAGUUUGCCUCCCGUCUCAUCAAUCAUUGGCAAUCAACAGAUUAUCAUCGAUCAGUUGCCGACAAACUAAUGGAAAGGUUUGGUCUGGAAAAAAUAGCCGACACUAAAGCCAAACGUUGUUCGGGCGGUCAACGCAAACGGCUGUCCAUUGCACUGGAAGUCAUCAGUAAACCGAAUAUCCUAAUACUUGAUGAACCGACUACUGGUUUGGAUAGUCCGUCGUCUAAGCAAGUGAUGGAAAUUAUGCACGAAUUGGCCGCCAAUCGAUACAAUCCGGUAGCCAUUGUGGCCACUAUUCAUCAGCCGUCGGUCGCUUUGUUCAAUAAGUUUAACCGAACCUAUAUAUUGACCAACAAUGGAAAGUGUAUCUAUCAGGGAACACCACGUCAAUUGGUGCCAACAAUGACCAGACUGGGCAUACAAGUGGACACACAUACAUCACCGUCCGAUUAUAUAAUUGAAUUAGCGGCCGGCGAUUAUGGGCCCGAACCUGCCCUACGUAUGGUUAGCGAUGCCCAGACCAAGGACUUGGAUCACUUGGUCACCGACAGCUCUACCCAUCCGUUGUGGACGACCAUGCGCCACUAUAGCUAUCCAUUUAUCAAGCACCUGGCGAUACUGCUAGAGCGCAGUCAAUUGAUUAUCUAUAGGGAUCCGUUUCUGACGUUUCUGCGCAUAUUUAUGGCCAUAUUUUCGGCCAUAGGUCUAUCGAUAUUGUUUGGCCGCGAAAUCGGUAAAGUGUCCGGUUGUGCUCCCCGUCCACUACAGCUCUACUCUAUACCCGUACAUGAGUUAACCAAAAAAUUUGAACACGAUUUGGAUUCACUGAUGCAAAAUGUUUGCCUACUGUUCCUCGGAAUUAUGGUUGGCUUCCUAUCGGGACUGUCGCCAACACUACUCAACUUUCCCAAAGAGAUGCACGUAUUUCAUAAAGAGUAUCAUAACAAUUGGUACUCUUGUAUUACCUAUUAUACGGCCAAAAUGAUUUCAGACCUACCGUUACAGAUAAUCACACCAUUAAUCUACAUAAGUAUAACCUACUGGUGGAGUAACCAACCGGCCGAAAUCAAUCGCUUUAUAAUACUGAAUACCAUAGCCAUACUCCUGAGCCUACUGGCCCAGUCACUGGGCGAAUGCUGUUCGGCCAUCUAUAUGGACAACCAGAAUGCUGCCGUAUUUGCCGGCGGACUACUACCCCUACCAAUGAUAUUGUUUGGCGGUUUUCUGGCCCGUAUCGACCGUAUGCCAGCCUAUAUGCGUCCGGCAUCGUGGCUAUCGUUCCUCCGAUUUGCCUUCGAAGCGAUGCUCAUAUCGACGUUCGGUUUGAACCGAUGUCUGUACGACUAUCGCCAGUUCCUCGACACACACAAUGUUACAACCAUUAGAAAACCCCUGUGGGCUAAAGCCUAUCCGAUUAUAACAUCCUAUGUCGAUCAGCUCCGGGGUAGAGAUACACCAUUGUUUCUGGAUGAACACGACGAGGACGAGUAUAAUUUGCAGCGCAUGUAUCGUGUGUUUGGCGGUUCACUAGUCAAAGAUGAAAACGGUAUCAAUUUGGACCGAUCACUGAUCCUAGCGUUUUACGAUCUAAGCGAUAACUAUAUAUAUCUGGCACUGGGCAUCCUAGUGUUUUAUAUGGUUGCCCUCAAAGUGCUAACCUAUUUUAUUGUACUCUAUAAAUUACAUGUUACCAAAUAA